GUAACGUUCGCCGCCGGCGCCGGGGAGCUGGUCCUUCGAUUCCGCCAUGGCGGCGGCGGCGGCGGAGCCUCAACUUGGGCCGGAGUGUCUGGGGGCCCAGGAUCUAAUAUUUACAGCCCAGGUUAGAUCGCGAUUCUUCUCCGCGAUCCAAAUUUGAGUAGGCCGAGACGGGGCUGCGCCAUUUAUCUGCAACUGCAAACGAACUAGAGUGGGCCGUGCUCAGGCGGGCCAGCCCAACCAUAUUUCCCUACGGUCCAAAGCAGUUGGCUGCUCCUGUGACCUUCAACUCCGGCGCCGCCGUACGUCGCCGAGACCCUGAUGGGGCGGCCGGCCCGCUCCCGUCCUCCGGCCACCGUGCCGCCUCCGGCGGCCACCGAACUUCGCUCCACCAAGAUCUCAUUCCGCUCCCGUAAGAUCGUCAAGACACCGCCGGGAAAACCCCUCGCAACGGCCGCCGUGGCACCACCGUCAACGGCGCCGGCGCCUUUACUUCCAGUGCUGCCGGCGCUUUCUUCGCCGGGAGAGAUCGCUGCCGCGCUACGCCACCUCCAAGCUGCGGACCCUCUCCUCUCCGCGGUCAUCGCCUCCACUCAGCCCCCCGCCUUCGCCGCUUCCCCAUCCCUCCCUGCAUUCCACUCCCUCGCACGCUCCAUCCUCUACCAGCAGCUCGCGACCUCCGCCGCCGACGCCAUCUAUGCUCGCUUCCUCGCACUCCUCCCGUCUGCGUCCGCCGCAGCCUCCGACGCGGUAACCCCUGCCGCGGUCCUUGCGCUCGCCGCCGCCGACCUGCGCGCCAUCGGCGUCUCCGGCCGCAAGGCCUCCCACCUCCACGAUCUCGCGACCAGAUUCGCGGCCGGGGAGCUUUCUGACUCCGCCGUCGCCGCCAUGGACGAAUCUGCGCUCCUUGCCGAGCUCACCAAGGUGAAAGGCGUUGGCGAGUGGACAGUCCACAUGUUCAUGAUCUUCUCGCUGCACCGCCCCGACGUGCUGCCGUGCGGCGACCUUGGCGUGCGCAAGGGCGUGCAGGAGCUGUACAAGUUGAAGGCCCUGCCCAAGCCAGAGGAGAUGGCGGCAUUGUGCGAGCGGUGGAGGCCAUACCGGUCGGUCGGCGCAUGGUACAUGUGGCGCCUCAUGGAGAGCAAGGGCGCUGCGGCCAAGAAGAAGAAGAAGAAGAAGGGUAAUGUGAGCUCUUAGUUAGGUAUGUAAUGUCAAUAUGUCAUGUAUGUGAUGAUCUUAUGUAUUUGCUGUCCCAGGCUGUUAGAUUUAGAUGAUUCUGGGGUAGAAGGUGUCCCAGAUUUGUGAAUCGUUGUGACUCUGUCUGUCCUUGCAGAGCUGCAACCGAAGUCGAUUGCUAACAUGCUUGCAAUUGUAUUAGGGCCGUGUUUAGUUCUUUACACGUAAAAAUUUUGUGUUGAA